UGAAAAUGGCCGCUUCACAGUUCCCUCUCUGUAAAACCCUAAACCCUUCAUCGCCAUUCCUCCCCUCCACCUCCCUCACACCAUUCUCCAAUCCUCUUCUUCAAACCCUAACCCUAAAAUCCCAUCAAACUCGUAAACCACUCUCCAUUAUAUCCGGUCUUCCAAAUGCUUCCGUUCUUCCGAUUUUUCGCCAAAUUUCGCAGUUUCCAUUUGCAAACUCCCGUCCAGACAUUCGUACAUUCGCCGGCCGGAGCAAGAAGAAGGGUGGAGGGCCUUCUCCCGGCCGGAUAGAAGGCAACGCUGAGUUCCGGCGGAAAUUGAGGAACAAUGUCCGUCGGAAGAGCCAGAAGCCUGCCGAGUCCCAUUUCUACCGCCGUAAGAACUCGAACAGCAAUUAUGCGGAUAACUUUAGUGAGGAUGAGCUUCAGCAGAUUGGCCUUGGCUACGAUCGGAUGGUUCGAUUCAUGGAGAAAGACGACCCGAAUCUGCGGCAUCCCCAUGACUGGUACAAGUACGGCGAGUUCGGUCCGUACUCGUGGCGUGGAGUUGUCAUCGGGGAGCCUAUUCGUGGUCGGUUUACGGACGAGCGAGUUACGAUGAUCCGCGAGGUUAAGGAUCACGAGGAGUGGGAGAAGAUUGAGCAAUCAGAAAUGGCUUCUGAUUUCAGCGAGGGAUUGCAGCGAAUGGACAGGAGCAAAGGGUUUCGGCACUUUUGGGUGUUCGUGAGGCACCCACGGUGGAGGAUUUCGGAGCUGCCAUGGCAGCAGUGGACUUUGAUUGCAGAGGUUGUGCUUGAAGCUGGUAAAGAAGAAAGGUUGGACAAAUGGAGCUUGAUGGGUCGGCUUGGAAACAAGUCAAGAAAGAAUAUAACUCAAUGUGCAGCAUGGAUGAGACCUGAUAUCAUAUAUGUGAAAAAGCCUGUUUACCAAUGCAGAUUUGAGCCUCAGGCAGAGUUUUUCCAGGCGUUAAUGCCAUUUCUCGAUCCCAAAACAGAGCAAGAUGUUCUGUUUGAGUUGCAGGAUGAUGAAGGAAAUGUUGAAUGGGUGACAUAUUUUGGUGGGCUGUGUAAGAUUUUGAGGGUAAAUCCAAAGGCAUUUGUGGAUGAUGUUGCAAAUGCAUAUGAGAAGCUGAGUGAUGAGAAGAAAUCCAAAUGUUUGGAGUUUCUUUUGACUAACCACCCUGUUCCACUGCUGCAUCCAUAUACAAAAGAGUGGAAAGCUAAGUUAGAGGAGGAGGAGUUGGGCUGUGAUGCCCCAGAUGACGACAACGAGAAUCGACACAGUGACGAAAACGUGGUAAUGGAGUGGAUUGAAACUGAUGACAACGACGACGACUAUGAAGAUGAGGCCGAGGAUGUGGUGAUGGAGACAAACGAAGAAGCGGAGGACGAGGAAGAUGGAGGAGAGCAUCAAAACGAGGAAGAAGAUGAGGAUUAUUGGGACGAAAGGUUCAGGAAGGCGAUAAGUAGUCCAGAAGAACUGGAGAAGCUGUUGAAACGCAGUGAAGAAGCGAGUGAUGAAUUUUACGAGAAGCAGAAGGGGCGGAAUGCGGGAAGUAGGAAGGCCAUGGAAGAUGAUGGGGAUGAGACAGAAUUGAGAGGGAAGAGAGCAAAAGUGAAACCAGAAGAAUGGGAACGUAUAGGGUAUGGGCCAUGGAGGAAGAAGAUAAAGAAAAGCCAAAUUCCUCCAGAGCUGUUCUUGAGAUCUACAGUCAGGCCUUUCACUUACAGAAACCUUGUGAAGGAAAUUGUAUUGACAAGGCAUGCCAUUUUGGAAGGUGAAAUCGGGGUAUGAUCUCAUCUCAUUGCAUUCAUUUUCAGAAUAGAAUACAAAAGUUCAUAGGUUUGUAAAAUUUAGUUCUAAAAGAUGUGCCUGAAUUCACAAUCCUCCACUGAAGUAAUUCAUUACAAAGCUAUUGCUACUA